GAGGUUUAAGGUAAUUGGUUCACAAGUGGCACUUCAUCAAGGCACUUUACCAAAGCACUUCAUCAACUGGUACAAAAAAAUGUCUAGCGUAAAUAAGCAAACAAAUCCCAAACCAAGCACCUGUGAUGUUCUGGAGGGGCUGAAAAAGGCCCACAAGAACCUCAUCCAGGAAAACAGAGACAAGAGUCUUGCUACGAAGGUGGAAGCUCUUGAGCGUGAAAAUGCUCGAUUAAGGAAAGAGCUGGAAGAGUUCUCUCUCUCAACUAAUACCGAAGGGGAGAAAGAUCCGACCAAUGGCAAAGACUUGACCCGCCAACAGGCCAAGCUGGACCUGCUCUGGGAACUGGAAGAGUGCAAAGCCCAUCUGGUCCAGCAAAUGGACAUAAAUGACAAAUACAAAACUCAGAUCAAAAAGCUGAAACAAGAGGCUAAAGAUUUGAAAGAGAAGAAGGCUGGAAAGGGAGGCAAAGGACCCAGACCAGGAGACAACGAAGCGUUUGAUGACCUUAAACGCAAAUACAAGGAGUCUCAAGAGGAAAAUGAAGACAUAAAGGCGGAAUUUCAAGCUCUGGUCUAUGAAGUUGAAGAUUUUGAGAAGGAAAUUGCUGACCUUAAAAAGAAACUGGAAGUCUCUGCUCAGCAUGAAGCCACUGCCAUGGAACUGAGAGAGCAACUCAAAGUUGCUCUCUCAACUGAAACCAAUCAGUUGAGAGAGAAAAAACUGAAAGAGGAGAAAGAUCUGACCAAUGACGAAGACUUGACCCGCAAACAGGCCAAGCUGGACCUGCUCUGGGAACUGGAAGAGUGCAAAGCCCGGCUGGUCCAGCAAAUGGACAUAAAUGACAAAAACAAAACUCAGAUCAAAAAGCUGAAACAACAGGCUAAAGAUUUGAAGGAGAAGAAGGCUGGAAAGGGAGGCAAAGGACCCAGACCAGAAGACAACAAAGCCUUUGAGGACCUUAAACGCCAAUACAAGGAGUCUCAAGAGGAAAAUGAAGACAUAAAGGCAGAAUUUCAAGCUCUGGUCUAUGAAGUUGAAGAUUUUGAGAAGGAAAUUGCUGACCUGAACAAGAAACUGGAAGUCUCUGCUCAGCAUGAAGCCAACGCCAUGGAACUGAGAGAGCAACUGAAAGUUCUUGAAAAUGACAAAGGGGAACUGAACCGACUCCGGGAAAAAGAAAAAGAAGAUGCCCAAAGGGAAUUGCAGAAGACUCUGGAAGUCUCUGCCCAGCUGGAUACUACCAUCAUGGAACUCAGAGAACAGCUGAAACAACAUGAAGAGGAGAAAAGGGCACUGAGUGAAUUGAACAAACUCCGGGAGAAAGAAGCACAAGAUGCCAAAAGAGAGCUGGAAGAACUGAGGGCAAACAUAAACAAAACACCCCGAGUGUCUAGGUUCAAAGAAAGUGUGAUGGACAUCAAAUGUAGACAAGACAGUUUGAUGGAAGACAUCACAAAUCUGGAAAACAUCCUGGAAGAGAUGGAAAAGAUCCAGAGCUCUCAUGAUGAAGAGAUGAAAAUAGUCUCUGUGCAGACUGACUCUGUGAAUCAGGAGGGGAUCGCCAAAGAAGGAGAAAGCACAAAGCCCCAAACUGAAAACCUAGAACAGACAGAGGAAAAGACAACAGGUGUUGAAAAAACAUCAUCUCCUGACACAGCAAAUGAUGGAAGAGCUGAGCAUGAGUGUGAAAAAGAAGAGGACACUCCGAUUGAUGGAACAAAGAAAGAUCUUCUAGAAAUCCAAGAGGAACUUUCUGACAAAGACAUCAAAAGCAAGGAGGAGAAAGAAGAAGUUGAAGUAGGAGUGAAACAAAAGAAAGGAAAAAAGGUCAAGAGGUCUUCUUUCACCAAAUUUUUUCUCAGACUUUGGUGCAUCAAAUAUACUGCAAACGACUGUGAAUCUGACGUUAGAGAGCAGGAGACCAACACACACCCUACACACAAUAACAUCUGAAAUUUGUGAGGUAGGGACUUCAAGAAACGGGCUGCAUGGUUAAAUUGGCAUUUUCUUACCAUGCAUGCGUGGGGUUUUCUCUGGGUGCUCCAGUUCCCCCCCACCACCACAUAUAAUAAAAUAAUAUGUCAGGUUUCCUCUGCCAUACAAAGGCUGAUGUUAAGGUUUACCUCUAGUAAUGAAUUAAAUGACUGUGUACUGUUUUAUUGCCAUGUAUUCACAAAAAAUAUUUGUAACAACUCUAAUAGUUUU